CAGGCUGGCUGGCUGGCUGGCUAGUAUUUGGCGGUGCGGUGAGUGCGGUCGGUCUGUGGUUGUGUUUCAGGUCUGCUCGUGUUGAUAACGACACACUUCGGACGCAUUUCGUCGCGGAGAGAUGGCAAUUCAGAAGAAAUGGCUCUAAAACAAAUUGUCCUAACGCUGCUGGCCCUGGCCGGGUUGGUGGCUGUUGGUAAUGCUCUACGUUGUAACUGCACAAAUUGCGAGAAGACGGGCUAUGAGUGUGAGACAGAUGGCGCCUGCAUGGCCUCCACAUCUAACAUCCAUGGGAAGGAGCAACACAUACGGGUCUGUAUCAACCGAGACCGUCUGGUCCCCCCUGGACAGCCCUUUUUCUGUCUGAGCGCUGAAGGCCUGCUCAACACACAUUGCUGCUAUGAAGAUUACUGCAACAGUAUUGACCUGAAAGUCCCUGUCCCAACAAAGGAGGGGGACUGGUCAGGAUCAGGAAGCUCCUGGGGGCCAGUGGAGCUGGUGGCAGUCAUCGCAGGGCCGGUGUUCCUUCUCUGUGUGCUGCUGAUGGUUGGCGUGUUCCUGUUCCAGUAUCAUCAGAGAGCUUACAGCCACCGGCAGAGGCUGGAGGUAGAGGACCCAUCCUGUGACCAUCUGUACUUGGCCAAGGACAAGACCCUGCAGGACCUCAUCUAUGACAUGUCCACCUCAGGAUCAGGCUCUGGUUUACCCUUGUUUGUGCAGCGGACGGUGGCUCGGACCAUUGUGCUGCAGGAGAUAAUAGGAAAGGGUCGCUUUGGUGAGGUGUGGAGAGGGAAGUGGAGGGGAGGAGAUGUGGCUGUGAAAAUCUUCUCAUCCAGAGAGGAGCGCUCCUGGUUCAGAGAGGCUGAAAUCUACCAGACAAUCAUGCUUCGUCACGAGAACAUCUUAGGAUUCAUUGCAGCAGAUAAUAAAGACAAUGGCACAUGGACUCAGCUGUGGCUGGUGUCAGACUAUCAUGAGCACGGUUCUCUUUUUGACUACCUGAACCGCUACUCCGUCACCAUCGAGGGCAUGAUCAAACUGGCGUUGUCAGCUGCCAGCGGCCUGGCACAUCUACACAUGGAGAUCCUUGGCACUCAGGGUAAGCCUGGCAUUGCUCACCGUGACCUCAAGUCUAAAAAUAUCCUGGUUAAGAAGAACGGCAUGUGUGCUAUAGCUGACCUCGGCCUGGCUGUGCGCCACGAGUCCAUCACAGACACAAUCGAUAUAGCCCCCAACCAGCGCGUGGGCACUAAGAGGUAUAUGGCUCCAGAAGUCCUGGAUGAAACCAUAAACAUGAAACACUUUGAUUCCUUCAAGUGCGCAGAUAUUUACGCGCUAGGCUUGGUGUACUGGGAGAUUGCACGUCGCUGCAACGCAGGAGGUAUCCAUGAGGAGUACCAGUUGCCCUACUACGACCUCGUACCCUCUGACCCAUCCAUAGAGGAGAUGAGGAAGGUGGUGUGUGACCAGAAACUGAGACCCAAUGUGCCCAACUGGUGGCAGAGCUACGAGUCACUUCGUGUUAUGGGGAAGAUCAUGAGGGAGUGCUGGUAUGCCAAUGGAGCAGCCAGGCUGACAGCCCUGCGCAUCAAGAAGACCCUGUCUCAGCUCAGCGUGGAGGAGGACGUCAAGAUGUGAGCGGCCAGUCGGCGUUAAAAAGGCGCGCUGGAGACGCACAACCACUCCCAUAGGAAAUAAACACUAAAGACAGACUGCAAAUAAACCCUGCCAGUUUUAAAGCCACACUCCAAGUUGUGACGAGGCCUACCUCACCUUUUUAGCCAAAACUACUGAGAGUCACCCUUCCCUUCUUGACCUUUCUCUCCCCUCCUGCCUCCCUUUGUACCUCAUGUCUCCUCCUUGUUCCCCUCGAUCCCCCUUCUCCAUGGGCCACAACACUACAGCACUACCACUGUUAAUAUCAUCACGUUCAACUCUUCUUUUUUUUCUUUUUAUUUUUAUCUCCCAUGGCAGGAAUUAUUACUAUUGUACAGUGAUGGGAUUUUUUUUUUUUCUUUUUUUUUUACCUCUUUGAAAUCUGUCCCAUGACAGACUAACCUUGUCCAGAAGAGUCAGGAACGUUGUGGGUUUUAAGUUAAAGAACAGUAAUUUUCUGUUGGCCAUGUAACAUCACAUUCUGUGUGUGUGAGUGUGUGUGAACGAGUGAGAAAGAGGCUGAAGCACUGUUUCUGGCUGAGUGUGUGGUGUCUGGACUACUAGCAUGUUCUCUGGUAUAGGUUGUAGUUCAUUAGACAAAACCAGUAAUGGGACAUUUGGUAAUUAAGCAUGAACAGCCCGAUUUAGCUUUUUAAUCCCUCACUUGAAUAUCCUACAGACAGAAAUUAGUUGCACUCAACUGUAGCUUCCUCAUCACGUGUGACACCUGCAGGUAUCGUAUAUCGGAUGUGGUCCAGUCCAGGUGUCGUUUGAAAUGUGGCAGGCAUAAUGUUUGGGUUGGUUUUGACUUUUAUUUAUUUGUCGAUAGUUUUUAUUUCAUAUUGAUGAACACUGUGAGAUGAGAUGUGACAACAAGCCAGAGUCUUGACAUGAAAAUUAACGUCAUAGUUCAGUUCGAGUCUUCACCCCCGUUCUGACAUUAAGUUUAAGGGUUUGUUGCGUUCAUUUAAUAAGAUACUGGGUGCAAAUGUGGAUGUAGCCAUGACCCUGUUGGUGACAGACAAGAACAUCAUGCACACUGAGCAAAUAAGAGGCGUAUGAAAUGGCAAUGAAAAAUACUGGGUUUUUUUUCCCUUUUUGUUUGUUUGUUUGUUUUAUGUAAAGACAUCAUGGUGGGUGUUUUCUUUUGACUUUGACAUUAGACACUACUGAUGAUGGGUACAUAUGAUUUGUAUAUAAUUCAUGCAUUUCUUUUCCUUCUGAUUUUUUUUUUUUUAUUCUAUUUUAUUUUAUUUUAUUUUUUUUGGUUGUUGUUGCUUGAAUGGUACUUUGAGAAAUCUGUCGUUUGAUCUGUCUGCAUGGUUACUAACUGUGCCAGGAAAUAGACUGUGUCAUCUGCUGGAAUAUGUUUUUAAACUUGCUCCUCUUAUGGCAUUUUGGUGGUACUACUGAUCCCAGAUAAUUUUGCUGCAACUUCUGUUAUUUUUAAUGUGUAAUUGUUGGAAUGGUUUGUUGGGUUCUUUUCAGAGCUCAGUAAUGCAGAUCUGUUUCUACAUGUCCUCCAGGGUGACAUCUCUUUUUCAUUGACACUGGAAUACUUAGGAGCAUCGUGUAACCUUGAAUUCUGAUACUGCCAAUAGUUAUUUAUUCAGAAAUAAAAGACAGCUGCUGACAGUUGACACACAGGGAACAUACAGUUAGAUGUGAAAAGUAGUUGAGGUGCUUUACCUUCAAAGACUGUCAUGCUGUAAGUGAAACUGCAUGUUUCUACUUUGUCGACUGCGUCUUCAAGAUUGUCUGCAGACAAAACUAUGAAAGUAUUACACUGACAUUUGUCACCAUUGGGCUCUGCACUGUUAAUGUCCACAUGGACUUUAGUUAGUGUUAGUUAAUGUCAUCACUUGAUCCAGAAUCCAUGUCAUGUUAGUAUCCAUGUUGCAUGCUGUCUCUAAAACUGGGUCCUCUGCACUGAGGUAGAUGAACUUAAGACUUGUCUUUCCCUCUUCCCUCUACCUGUUGUUGUUUUCUUUCUCUCUUUAUGUUCGGGUCGUUGGCCGAGUACCCCAGAAAUGUUGCUGCUACUGAUAACAUGGGUAGAAGUUCAGCAGACAGAUCGCAGAAGGAGAGCCGGGAAGGGGAAAUGGGAGGCUGCUGUCAGUCGAACCAAAAUUGUCAAAACACUCCUGUCCAUGUUUGGUUUGUUGCCAUGGGUAUAUGACCAUCAGACAUCCUGUUCAUAAGUAAUACUUCAAGAUUUCAAAUCAUGUUGUGAAAAUCUUUUCAGAAUUAGUUGAAAAGUGUAUAUAGAUGAUAUACAAUAAAUUCCUCUUUUUCUUA